AUGCCACUGCCGCUGCCCGCCGUGGGCACGGGCACCGCGUCGGCGAUAGCUCCGGUCACCGCCGCCGCGGCAGCAGCGCCCCUUAGAUAUCGUCCCAUACGACUCCGCGCAUCUCCCUCGACGGUUUCCUCUCCUUCAACCUCUGCGAUCUCCAGCUCACCGCCCCCGCCGUCUGCGAGGCAUUCCCGCAAACACUUGGCGGGCAGAGGCGACGCCCCGGCGAGGCCCUCAAAGGGCCGGGUGUUCUUCCUCGACGUCAACCCGAUAUGCUUCCGCGGCUCCCAGCGCAGCCUCAGUGCCUUCGCGCGCUGGCUCGCGCUCUUCUUCACGCACGUCAGCCUCCGCGACCCCGUUGUGGCCGUCUUCGACGGGGCAGGCGGGAACGAGUACCGGAGGCGGCUGCUGCCGUCCUACAAAGCGCACCGGACUCGCGGCGCAGGCACUGGUGCCGAUUCCCGCGUGGUCGACGUGCUCCGCGAGUGCAAUGUUCCGAUUGUGCAAGUCGAUGGAUAUGAAGCAGACGAUGUAGUGGCUACCUUGACAGAGCAAGUAUUACAGAAAGGUUAUAGAGUUGUCAUUGCCUCACCUGACAAGGACUUCAAGCAGUUGAUAUCUGAAGAUGUUCAGUUAGUUAUGCCCAUUCCUGAGAUUGGCCGAUGGUCCUUCUAUACGCUGAGGCAUUAUGUUGCACAAUACAAGUGUGAUCCAACUGUAGAUUUGAGCCUCAGAUGCUUUAUGGGUGAUGAAGCAGAUGGUGUUCCGGGAAUCCAGCAUCUGGCUCCUGGUUUUGGUCGCAAGACUGCGGUGAAACUACUGAACAAACAUGGUUCAUUGGAAAACCUACUUAAUACAGCUGCAGUUAGAACUGUAGGCAAGGAGUAUGCCCAGGAUGUGUUGGUCAAACAUGCAGAUUACUUGCGAAAAAACUAUGAAGUUCUCAGUUUGAGGAGGGAUGUAAAUGUUCAGCUUGAUGACAGAUGGUUAUCCACAAGGGACACUUGUAAUGACACCAGUGUGUUAUCUGACUUCAUCACUAAAUUCAACUAA